GAUAUUAGGGCUGAAACGAUUCAUCGAGUAACUCGAGUAACUCGAUUACAAAAAAUCCUCGAGGAAAUUUAUCUGCCUCGAAGCUUCGCUAAAUUUAUUGUAUUGUAAUAAGCAAUGCUGUUAAAUACGCAGCACACUGGUCUAGCCGGAGGGUUUUUGUGUUGCACAACGCUACCACUUCCGUUAGCGCCUGUGCUAAGUUUGUAGCUAUGGAGGGAACCGGAGAAUGCUCAGAAGGAGAACCCCGAAAGCGACAAAAAAUGUCAAAAGUUUGGGAACAUUUUAGACUAAACAGAAAGGACAACACAGCGCAAUGCAUCCACUGCAAAGCAGAAUUGGCGUACCACAACAGCACGACAUCAAUGUUGCAGCAUCUGAAGAGAAAACACCCGCUACAUGCAUCCAACUCGUACACGGCUGCCAACAGUGAACCGAAGAGUCAUACGUUGGACAGCUUUGUUCAAAGGGUUCCAGGAUGUUCGGUUGUUCAAGCAGCUGAGUUCACAAACAGCAUUUUAAAUAUGAUCAUCACAGACAUGCGACCGCUGUCCGUGGUGGAAGAUGAAGGAUUCCAGAAGAUGAUCUCCACCUUCAAUCCAAAUUAUACCCCUCCUUCCAGAACCUACUUUGUAAAAAUGAUGGAGAAAAAGUAUGAAGAAAUCAAAGACAAAUUGAAAAACAUCCUAAAAGAGACAGACAGCAUUGCUCUCACAGCAGACAUUUGGACAAGUGUUGCCACAGAGGCAUAUCUUGGAGUGACAUGCCACUUUCUUGGAGAGGACUGGAAAAUGAAGUCCCACACCCUGACAACAAUGCCACUUGAAGAAAGACACACAGCAGCAAACAUUGCAGAGUGGCUUGAGGAGGUUAUUGCAAAGUUUGAUGUUCCACCUGAGAAAGUCAGAGCUGUCGUCCACGACAAUGGUGCCAAUAUUGUAGCAGCAGUGAAGAUUUUGGCAGAAAAGCAUAAGUGGGCAUCUGUGCGAUGUGCAGGGCACACCCUGAACUUGGUGGUACAGAAUGCUCUGAAGAGCAACCAGAGCAUCUCAAAGUGUGUGGCAGCUGCAAGAUGUCUUGUUGAACAUUUUAAAAAAAGUGAACUGGCUUGCACAAAGCUGAAGGAUAAGCAACAGCAAAUGGGCACAGCAUCACACAUGCUCAUACAAGAUGUAAGCACUCGUUGGAACAGUACUUUCCACAUGCUGUGUAGGCUGCUGGAGCAAAGAUGGCCGAUAACUGCUGCACUAUCUGACCCAGCAUUGACACCACGAGGAAAACACUACCUUGAUCUUAAGCCAGAGCAGUGGAAUAUUAUAGAGGAGAUAAGCAAGGCUCUUCAGCCAUUUGAAGAAGCAACGGUGUUUCUGAGUGGGCAAGACUACGUUACUCUUUCUGCACUUCCACAACUUGUGCAAAGCCUCAAGAAGUCCAUACAGACCCAAGUUUUUGAGACUGCACCAGCUCAGUCAUACCAAGCUGAAGUGAUGGCACAGAUCACAACAAGAUGGGAAGGACUAUUUAUGUGUCAGCCUCAAUCCUCAAAUACUGUUGUACUUACUGCUGCUUUAGAUCCCAGAUUUAAGAAACUUAAGUUCUUGCCCCCAGAUGAAGCCUUUAAGAUCCAAAGCAUGGUUCAAACAUUGGUCCUUGAUGUCAAAAAGAAAAUGAGACAGAAAAAUUCAGGUGAAAAUGAGGUCUCCACUGAUGCCCAAGACAAGCCUGUAGAGCAUCAGCAGAACACCAACACAUUUUUCAGCAAUCUACUGGGUUCUUCAGAAUCCAGCACAAGUGAUGAGGAGGAUGAGGAACAGCAUUUGAACCAAGAUGUUCAAAAGGAAGUCUUGAUGUACUUUGGAGAGCAUACACUGUCCAAGAGGGAGAACCCACUUCUAUGGUGGAAAUCAAAUGCAGCACGGUACCCAACACUGUCAAAACUUGCAAAGUUCUUUCUGUGUAUACCAGCAACAUCAACACCAUCAGAACGGCUUUUUUCCGCAGCAGGGAACAUCGCAUCGAAGCGCAGGGCAAGCCUCAGUUCACAACAUGUCGACAUGCUCACUUUCCUUCACAGCAACCAUAGUCUUCUUUAAGGCUUCUUUAACAGUUAAACACAUGCACACCUGUGUGUUGGAGCAUUUAAGAAAUGCAUAUUGAAUAACAUUCAGUAUAUGUUGGAUUUAAGAUAUUUUUUUAUUCCAUCUUUAAGAACAUCCAAGUUGAUUUUGUUGAGGUUCAAGUUGUUUUUGUAAAGCCAGUGUUUACUAUUUUGCCUUAGUAAUCUUUUCUAUUAAUUCUUUUUUUAUUUCUCCUCUGUUUUUGCAGUUAAGAAAGCAGGAAAUCUGUUCUACCUCAGAUUUGAAACUUAUAAUUUGAAUGUAUAAAAGGCAGUAUUCUCUGGUUUGCCUUAACUUUUCUAUUUAAAGCUAAUGAAUAUUUUUUUACUCUUUUGUGUUAGCACUGAAAAAAGCAAGGAAUUUGUUGCACCUUAGACUUAAAAUAUAUUGUAUAAAAUGCAGUAUUUACUAUUUUGUCUAAACUUGUUUUAUUUUUAAAUCAAGUAUUUUCUUUAUUUAUCUUUUCUGUUUGAACUUUAGAACAAAAAAGCAAGAGAUUUGCUGUACUACUGAUUUGAAACUUUACUGGAGGUUUAAUGUUAUUGCGUUGUUAUUAUCAAUAAAAUGUUAAAGAGUUAAA